AUGACAGAAAGAGCAAAGGUGGAGGAGCUAUCAGAAGACCUAAGAAACUCUUCACCAGAACUGACCUACCAGAUCAUCAAUGCAGAUCAUUUCUUUCUGAAAGACACCAGUCAGGCCUUGAUGACAAACUUUACCCAACAGUCACAGAAACAACCCUUCAUCAUCACUGGGCUCACUGGGAAGCCUACCAUCAAGAUCAGUUUUGGGCCUAUAUCUGUAGAACAGGCUAUCCCUCUAGAAUUGAUUAACACUGGUCCCAGGGUCAGAGCUUUCAUACUGGCUCGUCAGGUGCGUUCUGCAUCCCCCAUUAUACAAUUGUUGUUUUAUGCAACAAACAAGAUAGAUGACAUGAUGGAUUUGCCAGGUCAAGUCAGUCCAGGGCAGAGUGACAAGGGGUACAUAUGUGUUACAGCACACGCCUUCUGGAAAUCUCAAGAGAUCAGAGGUACCUGCUCCAUUUCUGAAAAUGGAGGCUUCUGUUUAGCCCAGUUAAGGCCUGAGCCAACGUGGUUCAGCCCAAGGAGCGCCAGAUCCAGCAAGGAGCACAGAGCUUCUUCACAAGGGACUGUUGUGGAGCUUUACUAUCAGACCACACCCAGUCCCACCAACCAGUGUAUCCCUCAAGACAGCAAGCAGUGGCAUAGUCCAACUCAGGAGGAGAUCAGUGGACAGCAAUCUGGAUCCAUCCUGAAGAAAGUUGGCUACAUAAAUCUCUUGCGAUCACCUCCAGGGAACCCUAUGUUCAUGCGCCUGCGUCUGGGUGGUGCUGUGAUCAUCCAGACCUCUUCUAAACCUCUGAAGACCACAGACACAGCCACAUUCUAUGUCUUUUUGUCCAGUACUUCCCAGGUAGAUCGUUUCAUUCUCAGAGCCACAGUACAUAGAGGCUUGUCUUUCAGUACCGCGAGACCCAGUGAUACUCAGCUAUGGGACAUCACCUUGGAUCCUGGAAAACCAGACAAGACCCAAAUUGUGUUUGUGACCUGUCAAAGGAAGAGCACCAUCACUGCAAAAAGGGGACUGCUGGAGGUCCUGCAGCUGGACUUUGACGCACGUGAGCAGGAUGACCCGGCACAGAUCCAGACAAUCACGUGGCGUCUGGAACGGCCUGGAAAUCCGAUCAGGGAUGAAGGAACGAUGAGGAUUUACAUGCUGCAGAGAGACUAUGUGGGCAUUGCACCACUUAUUAUGAACUCGAACCUCCUCAACACGGCGGUGCUGAAUGGUAAGAUGGUGUCCGUGCCGGUGAAGGUGUUGGGAGUGGAGACAGACGGCUCCAUCAGUGACAUUACAAACUCAACUCGCUGCUCAUCCACAGACCAAGACACUCUUAAGGUGUCUGAGAGCUGCGACUAUGUGUAUGUGAACGGGAAAGAGACAAGAGGGAGGAUGAGGAUGAUGCUGAACUUCACUUACAGCUACCUGAGCGCCCAGCUGGAGGUGAGUGUGUGGAUGCCCCGCCUCCCACUGCAGAUCAACAUGGCCGACCCCAAGCUCAGCCAAAUCAAGGGAUGGAGGGUCCCCGUCUCCGGAGGCAACCAUAGACUGAGUUGGGACAGUGAGGAGGAUAAUGAGAAGAAAGGCAGAGGCUGCACGGUGCAGUAUCAACACAGCCAGAUCCAAGUACUCACAGCCUUCAUGACAGAGGUGUCGGACUCAAGUGCUUCCUCUCCUAUGCACUUCCUGGGUCCUGAGUGGCUGGUGGAUGUGACUCGGCUGGUCCGCUACUCUCUGAAGGUUGUGGACACAAGCAUCGCUCAGCUGCACAGAGAAACCGUGCUCAGUGGCAGAGCUCCUGGAGUCACCACUGUCCAGGUGAUGUCCCCCCUGUCUGACUUGGUCCUGGGGGAGAGGACUGUGCAAGUGCUAGAUGAUAAAGUGAGCAUCACAGAUCUCAGCGUGCAGCUGGUGUCAGGUCUCUCACUGUCACUGCAGCUCAGUCCGGGCAGCAACCGGGCCAUCGCAGCCAUAGCCACCACUCAGGACACCAUGCACAACCCCAAACAGGAGGCAGUGGUUGCAUGUUGGCUGCACUUCAGUGACGGCUCACAGGCUCAUCUCAACUUGUUUGAUCCCAGCAGCUACAAGCUCAUAGUCUCCUCGCUGGAUAACAGGGUGGUGUCCAUAAGAAAAGUCCCAGGCCCUGUCAUGGUGGCCGAGUCAGAGGGAUGGGGCUUGCUGUUCAGAGCUGAGCUUGCCAUCUGUGAAGCCUGUCAGAAGUCCAAACGCAAGAGUAAGCUCGCUGUUGUUGCCGGCAACGUGAGGGUCAAAUUCCUUUCGUCUGAGCAUAAAAGGACACAAACUGAAGCCAAACUGACCCCCUUUCAAGGUCUACUCUGGAGGGACUCAACUACUGGCAUGCAAGAGAACACCACAAGAGAUAUCUCUACAACAUCAGCCAAGUCCAGGCUGCAAGAGGCAAUGGGAGGGGCUCUCUCCACCAUCAGGGUGAUCAACAGCAUCAAGGGUAUGAUUGCUACAAAGCCUGACACUGAAAAAUUUCUUACUACAGUCAAUCCAGCUAAAGUUUUGAUUAACAUCUCAGACUUCCCAUCCCAUCCCAAACAGGAAGUGCCUAUACAUGAGCAAGAUUUGGUGUGGACAUUUGGUAUCUUUACACAUGUUGAGGUCUGCAUCUACUUGUUAUUGGGACUCUCCUGCUUGGCGAUCAUCAUCUUCUUGAUUAACUGUGGCACACAGAAUGCUAGAUCGCGUGGUAGGAAUUCGUUCAUGCAGUGCCAAGGCCCUGAUGAGCACAGGCAUCACUGGGUGCGCCUGGGCAUGGCUGUGGAACAAUCCAGUGAUGUACCAAUCACCACUACAAGCAACCAGAAGCAAAAGGUGCCAAGUAUAGAAGUGGAAGGACCAAGCCCUGCUAUGGAGAACCCCACAGAAAAGACUGCAACCCUGGGGAGAAGGUGCAGCACUCUGCCUCUGAAAACCAACCCUACUUUGCUACUCAAAUCAGCCGGUCCACUGGCAAAGCCAGCACGGAAUGAACCACUUCACUCCCCGACCAGCAAGAGGAACCAGGUCCAGUUCACGACCUUCACCACUCUCGACAUCAAGCACUUAGCAGCGCUCAAGAGGAACUGGUUGGAUUUUAGCUGGACCAACCAAGGAGCAAAUCAAGCAACUAAUCAGGGAGAUCCGUUCAGUGUGAAUGGGGCAGCCAGUCAAUGUGUAGAGCGUCCUGAGACUGAAGGUCUUUCUGAAAUUCCAUGGCCAGUGGUAAAACCAGUGGAACAGGGGAAAUGAGCAUAUAUGUGUGCAUAUAUUUCUCUACAAUCAGAACUUAUUUAAAAAAUUCAAAGAAUCAGAGUUGGGUGUAACGCAUUACUGUAAUCUAAUGAGUUUUUCUGAUAACACAGUAAUGUAAUGCAUUACAUUUUAACUUUAUGUAAUUUGAUUAGUCAACAAAAUUACGUUACUUGUGUUACAAAUUUAUUGUUAAGAAAACAAUAUUAAGUAAAAUAAAUCACGUUUUGCCCCGAAGAUUUUAUUCUUUAGCCCCGAUUAAUUCUUCACUUUGUCACUAUGUAACUGACGUAAAAGAAUAAAAGCCUGUAAUUUUAUAUCUUCAGUGAACGGAGGCGAGACCAAUCAGACCGGGUUUACAGGAAAAUACUUGGAAACACUCAUGUCUUAUUGGCUGACAGUCUCUCGAUUCCGCCAAACGCUAGCUCACAGUCAGUGUGAGGAAAAAUGUAUAUAUGGUGAUUUUUUAUUUAGUUAUUUAUUUUUAAACCAGUAAAGGGGAAACUGAAACACUAACAUCCUCUGAUGCUCAGCAGGAAAACAGGUGUUUACAUGUCUAUAUGAGUUCCAGUUUACGUGAACAUGAUAUGAGCAGAGCAUAAGGAAGAUAAUGCACUUUGCAACCCAUUCAAUAAUAGCUAAGCUGUGCCUCCCCUUGGCAAGCAACACCAAACUAGCCUAAUUAGAAACGUUUUAUAUUUUAUUGGUCUGGUAGUCCUACAAACACCUGAGGCAUGUUUGAUGAUAAAUCCAACUUUUUCUGAUCAUGUCAUACAUUGAUGCACACUAAAAGUACUGAAUGAACUAUGAGUUUCACUUUGUAGUGUAUUUUUGUAGGUUUGAUUUGUAGGUUUUGAAAGUAGGUUGAAAGUAAAGUAAUUAGUAAUCUGAUUUCUUUUUACGUGCAGUAAUCAGUAACGUAAUCAGAUUACAAUUUUAAAGUAGUAAUUAGUAAUCUGUAGUGGAUUACUGUUUUUUUGACUAUCUUACCCAACAGUGGUUAUGAUAUUACACUGUUACAUUUAUGAUGACCUUUAUGCCAUUACAAUGUUACAUAUACUGUUACAUUUAUGCCGUUAAAACAUGACAUCAUUGCAUUUACUGUUAGUUCAAAAUAAGAAGACUACAGCCCCCAAACACUUCUUGGCUGAAGGA